UCUUUAUCUGCUCUCUUAUAAACCCCUCCUCCCAUGUCUCUCUUUACCUCACUCAGAAGAAACCUAGCUCUCCUCUGCUUUCCCCUCCGAAUUCUCUCCAAUUCACGCCGAGGGAACCCACGCAGACCCUUCAAAAACAUCAACGCCCGACUGGGAUUUCCUCUUUUUAUUCACAGCGAGCUCGCUCACUCCUCCGUUUUUCCGUUUCAUGUUUGGAGAUUUGGGAUGGGUUACUUGCACCUAAACGCUUUUGGUAUCCGAUUCUGUUUUUGGUUCGGUCGGAUUAGUUUUUGAAAUCAAAACCAGGUUCCAAUAUUCUUUUUUUUUUUUUUUUUUAAAUUCCUUGACCAGAUUUUUAUAGGGUGACUAAAUUUCCGUGCUUCUUGUAUUUGGGAUAUCUAUUCUUUCGAUUCGAAGAGGAACCCGUUCUGAUAUCUACUUACUUUGGUGAUCCGCUGAUCCAUCUCGUAUUCUCUUCAAUCAGUCUAUACAUAGAAUUGUCGACAGGGUUUCCUUAUCGGAGCAUUAAGAGAGCGAUUCAGGGAGAGAGCAGAGCAGAGCAUAGAGAAUACAUAUUGGUUUGCGAUUUUCAUUUGUUUUUGGAAUCCGAUGGCUUCUAAGAAUAGUGGCAAAUCCAAGAUGGGUGUUGAUGAAUCACAGAAGAUGAACCAAGAUUGGGAGAUUGACAAAGGCAAGGAUCUUGAUUUUAGCUCUGAGAGACGGCGAUGGAAGCCCGUUUUUGAGGAUGCUUCCAUGUCGAAUAGGCCUCUCAAGAAGAUCCGAAGCCCGGAACGUCAAGACCCAAUUAUGUCUUCUGCUUCUUUAUCUCACCAACCACCUACCUUUUCAAUUCCCAGCUCUCCAUCUCCUACUUCAACUUCCUCCCUCACUCUUUGUCCCCCUUCCAGAAUUGUGUUUCCUUUUGCUUUUGAUGGGUCUCAACAAUCUUUUCAAUAUCCCCACCAAUUUAGUGCAACUUUGCCGAUGUACCACCCACCACCGCUGCAAGUACCUCAAAAUCAGCAGGACAUGAUUUCUUUCACCUCAAACCAACAACACAACAUCGCUUAUCCGCCGUUCUUGGGCGGAGACGCGGCGCUGAUGCACCCCCAGCAACAUCAGCACCUUCUUCAAUAUUGGAGUGAUGCAUUGAAUUUAAGCCCCAGAGGAAGGAUGCUAAUGAUGAAUAGGUUGGGGCCGGACGGUAGGCCGUUGUUUAGGCCUCCGUUGCAGCCCCUAAAUACAACCAAGCUCUAUAGGGGUGUGAGACAACGACAUUGGGGCAAAUGGGUCGCUGAAAUCCGUCUCCCUCGCAAUAGGACUCGCCUUUGGCUCGGCACAUUUGACACAGCCGAAGAUGCUGCCUUGGCAUAUGAUCGCGAGGCCUUCAAGUUGAGAGGCGAGAAUGCUAGGCUCAAUUUUCCUGAGCUCUUUCUUAAGCAGGAUAAAGCAGCGUCAACAGAACCUAGUUCGACUACCUCUUCUCCCUCAACUCCGCAUGCAAGUUCAAGGCCAACUCGGUACUCGAAGCAACCUGAACAAGCUCCGGAAGGCCGUGAUUUUCAGGCUUUGAAUAUGGAGUUGAUGCCACCACCACCACUUCCACAGCCACCGCUACAGACUCGAGAAGAUAAUCCAGACGGUGAUUCAGGAUUGGGGUCAAGCGAGGCUGCAGCGAGUGAUGAAAUCCAGGCUAUUACAGCAGGUGCUGAUGUAGGUGAAGGUGUUUCACAGUCACAGGAAUUAGUAUGGGGAGACAUGCAAGAGGCUUGGUUCAAUGCAAUUGCAGCUGGAGGUUGGGGGCCGGGUAGUCCUGUGUGGGACGAUCUGGACACUACCAAUAAUCUACUGUUGCAGACACAGCUUCCCUUUGCUAAUCGGAAUCAGCAGGAAUUCAAUGAUUCUGAUCUUCAGAGGCAGCAAGAGAACUUAACCUCGGCCUCCUCCUCCUCCUCCUCAUCUUGUCCAAUGAAACCCUUCUUUUGGAAGGAUCAUGAUUAAAAGUCAUUUAUUAGAUAAUCAUCAUUAGUGGUCGAAAGCCAUGCACACACCACAUCCACAAC